ACAAGCAAUUGACACCGAACCCACUAGAAGGAACUGCGGCAGGCCCCGUGAAUGAAGGUUUUUUUUGGAAUAGGAGCCCUUGAUCAUGGACCCAGAACAUACUUGCUUUGAGUUUGGUGUUUUUCCUAUCGUCUUGCGUUUUCCACUUGAUUACUUCUUAAAUUCCCCAAAGAUGAGAUUUACCUGUGAAAUGUUUCAUCCCAACAUCAACCCUGACGGGAGGGUCUACAUCUCCAUCCUGCAAGCCUGAGUCGACCCCCUAGGGUAAGAGAGCAGCUCCGAGAUGCGGAGCCCUGUGCAAAGCCUGGAGAAGAUCCUGCUGUUGGUGGUGAGGGUGCUUUCAGAGCCCAAGGACAAGUGCAGCACCCAUGUACACGCUUCCAAAAUGUGGUGGGAGGACCCAGAGCAGUUUUAUAAGGUGGCCAAGCCGAUGGUACAGAAGCCUCUGGUGCUCCGAGCCCGACGGGACACGCGUGCACACAGCCAGGGCGCUCGCGGGCGUGCAGACGCCACCACCAAACAGGCUUCGUGUUUCUCCUCCGGGACAUCUGUGACAGUGACACUGUGUUAG